AUGGGUGCUUGGCUGAUGUAUAAGGCAUCCAGUUCGGAUGUCAGGUUAUGCUGGAUCUCUGCAUUUUUGCGAUUGACAUCCUAUGGCUUAACCAACCAGAUCCUGACGCUGUUUUUGAAGGAAAUUGGUAUUUCGGACAAAGAAAUGGGCUGGUUUAUGUCCUUAACACUGGCAGGAGACGUUUUGAUCUCUUAUAUACUGACGUGGCACGCGGAUGACUGGGGUAGACGCCGAAUUCUUACUUACGGGGCGAUCAUGAUGAUAUUGAGUGGGGUGGUGUUCAGUUGGUGCGAAAACUAUUACAUUCUACUUGCAUUUGCGAUCUUCGGAGUUAUCUCGCCCUCGAGUGACGAAGUUGGACCCUUCAAAUCCAUAGAGGAAUCUAUGCUGGCCCACCUCACGCCCCACAACCGUCGUCCUGAGAUAUACGCAAUCCACUCCAUGGUCAGUAUUAGCGGAAGUGCUCUGGGUUCCAUCAGUUGUGGCUGGUUUCUUCAAAUCUUGCAAGAUUGCAACAUAAUAGAGACUAGUUUAAAUCGUUACAAGGCGGUUUUUGUGCUUUACACGUUGCUUGCUGUUGGGAAGCUAUUCUCCAUUCUUCUGCUGUCAGAUGCCGCCGAGUUAGACGCACACCACCAGGAGGAAGAUGACGUACGGCAGGUGCUCGAUGAGACGGCUCCACUUGUUGAUACCAGCAUCAAAAAAGUGUCCAAGAUGGCACCAGAGACCUUUUCCGUCAUGUCGAGACUCCUAUUCAUUUUCAUGCUCGAUUCUUUCGGGUCUGGCUUCAUGACCAGUGCAUGGACCGUUUUCUAUUAUUCCAUUGUUUUUGGACUUGGUCCUGCAGCACUUGGGUUGCUCUUUUUUGUCGCUAAGAUCGUCAUGGCGUUGUCUUCAUUACCUUCAUCGAGUAUCGCCAGAGUUUUUGGCCCUGUCAAGGCAACUUUGAUCGUACAGAUUCCAUCUGCUCUAUUUUUCAUGGCCAUUCCUUUUUUUGAAAGUCACAUAUUCCUAUCGGUAUUGUUUUUCAAUCUCUACAACUUAACGACUGCUAUGGAUGUCAUACCCCGCCAAAUAUUACUCACGAACAUAGUGAAACCUCGAGACUUGACCAGGGUAAUGGGGAUAGUCAACAUUGGUAAAACUUUCGCACGCUGCAUCGGUCCUAUCUUCACCGGAUUACUGGCAGAUCGGGGUCUGCUUUGGUGCUGUUAUUUGAUUAGCGGGGCUUUUGUGAUUCUAGCCGAUUUAGUUCUCGCUAUUUCAUUCAUCGGCAUUGACGCGCAUGUACUUAAAUCGACAAAUAGCUGA